GAUAAAAAAAGAAGAAAAAUAGCAAUGUGUGAAAAAUUAUUGUACAACGUAUUUUACUCACUUGUUCUUUGGGUUAUUUGACAUCGAUUUACUGAGUUUGAACAUAAUCAUUUUGUUUAUUGGUUCUUUUGGGAACCCAAGAUCGAUGGGAAUAUCCGCGAAUUCAAAUGUUCGAAUUGAUAAUUUGGACAUUUUGAUUUCGUUAUUUAAGGGGACAAUAGAUAAAGGAGUUAACUGACACAUUUGAAAUUGACAUUUUAUUUCAUCAAUCAAUUUGUUUUAAUGCAUUACAGAUGUAUAAAAAAAUAUUUAUAUUUAUGUAUGUAUACGUAAUUAUUAAUUGUGUUAUAUUAAAUAAUUGGUAGUUUUUGUUUGUAGAUAAAAUUAUUAUGGUAUUAUAAUGCCUUCUACCUAUGUUACCAGGAGAAUUUAAAAAUAUUACCUCUGCCCUUAUCAAUUGACCUGUUCAAUUAUUUGUCUAUUAUCGCGUUCUUUCUUGUUCUUUCACUCCAGAUAGCAACGGUUUAAGAUAAUACUAUCUCAAUUCACGCUCGUAACAUUCUAAAUCACAAGGUCUAGAAAAUUAUCCAGUUUGUACAUUCGUACAUAUCGUCGACCUGACGUGACUGUAAUGCCGUGUGACUAAAUCAUGAAGACAAUAGUAAAACGUGCAAAAUCCAUAUUUAAUGUUUAGAAUAAUUAUUCAUUAUCCACACUAUUCUCAUUUAUUUAUGAUUCUUGCCAUACUCUCCUAAUUUCCUAAAAAUAAUUGAAAUUAAAACCAUAUUUCUAUUUUGCGAUUAUUUUUUAAUUUAAUUUUAUAAUAUUAAAAGUAACAACUGGAAGUUUCUUGAGUCCGGUCACUAAACAUGUCAUUUCGAACAGUGAAUAAAAUUGUCAAUUCCACACUGUCAAUAUUACAAAAAGGCUUUGCCAGCAGUGCACCAAAACCAAUUGUCAACCCGCCAAUUAAAUAUACGGAGGUAAUAAAAACCUAACCAUUUUGUCAUGCAUGACAUGUAUGUAUCUAUUAAUUUGUAUUUAUGCUCAUACUUGUGUAUACCCACCUAGUAGAUAGGUAUUCAAAGAAAAAAAAAUUAUUUUGCUUAAUGGUAAUGGUAAGCCACUGUAUUGUAGAUGAGAAGUUAGAAAGCUACUAAGUUAUGAUAAGCUGUAUAAUUUACCUAGUUUAUGUAUUAUUAUGCAACGGUAAAUUAUUAAAAAUCAUUAGGUAUUGAUUCUGAGUGUAGUUCGGUUAAAAUUGUUGGUAAAUUUAAAUUGAACAUUUCAUUAAUUUGUAAAUAGAAAAUAAAUAAUAAUUGAUUCAUGUUUUUAAUAAAUUGUAUCAUAAAUUUGAACUUAAAAUGCUUGUAUAAAAUUAUAAGAAGCCAAACAAUUUAAUCCACACAAAUUGUUUUAAACAAUUGAAAUUUUCAUACUGUACUAUAAAAUAAAUAAAAAAAACAUCAACAUUGAAAAUUACCAUUUCAGUUCAUUGUGUUGGUGUUCAUUUAGGUGCCUAUCUACUAUGAUAACUAUGCUUUUUUUUUUUUUUUAGCUGUUUAUUAAUAAUGAAUUUGUAAAAUCAUCAUCUGAAAAGACAUUUAAUACACUCAAUCCAGCUACCGGUGAAUCAAUCGCUCAAGUCCAAGAAGGCAAUGCCGUAUGUCCUAUUUUUUUUUUAUAAUAUAAAAUAUAUAAUAUAAAAUUUAUUAUCAAUUUAGGUGGAUAUUAAUAUUGCAGUUGCUGCUGCUCAAGAAGCAUUUAAGUUAAAUAGCCCUUGGCGUACAAUGGAUGCUUCAAAACGUGGUAUGUUGCUCUACAAAUUAGCUGAUCUAAUCCAACGUGAUGCUGUUUAUUUGGCUGUGAGAUUUAAUUUAUAUAUGUUUGUAAAUACAUUAAAAUGACCAUUGAUACCGAUUUUUGGAAGAGUUUGGAAGCUUUGGACAAUGGUAAACCAUACAAUGUCGCAUUAUCAGACGAUGUUCCAGCAACUAUUAAUGUAUUGCGUUACUAUGCUAGCUGGGCUGACAAAAAUCAUGGAAAAGUCACCCCAAUUGAUGGUAAUUAUUUUGCAUACACUAGACAUGAAGCAGUUGGUGUUUGUGGUCAAAUUAUUCCUUGGAAUGUUCCAUUAUUGAUGUUGUCAUGGAAAAUUGGACCAGCUUUAGCCAUGGGUAAAUAAUACUAAGUGUAAGACAAUAAAAACUGUCAAUAAUUUCUGUCACUAUUAUAAUGUCAAUAUUCAUUAUGUAAAUAUUGAACAGGAAAUGUUGUUAUUGUAAAGCCUGCUGAACAGACUUCCCUAACUGCUUUAUAUGUUGCUAGUCUUAUCAAAGAAGCUGGAUUUCCACCUGGAGUUGUAAAUAUAGUUCCUGGUUAUGGUCCAAUAGCCGGAAAAGCCAUCAUCGAUCACCCAGGUGUUGAUAAAGUUGCAUUUACUGGGUCUACUGAGGUAAAUUUAUUUAGCUAUGUAAAAUUUGACUAAAUAAAAUAAUGACUUUCACAAUGUUUUCUUUCUACUUAGGUUGGCCAAAUUAUAGCUGAGGAUGCAGCUAAAACUAAUCUAAAAAGAGUAACACUGGAAUUGGGAGGUAAAUCUCCAAACAUAAUAUUCAGUGACUCUGACAUUAAUCAAGCCGUGGAAGGUGCUCACUAUGGACUUUUUUAUAAUAUGGUCAGUAAGUUGUACUUACUGUUAAACUAGGGCUGCCAUUCGUUCCAAUCUAGCCAGGACAUUACCUGUUUUAAGCGUGCUGUCCUGAUAUUCAUCAAGUCUCUGCCGGGACGGUAAAUAAUACUAGUUUCCUAAAAUAUGGCCCAUGUCUUCAAAAAUGUUAAUUCUCACAAAAACCUAUACAAUUUAUUUUGGAUAUUAUUAUAUUUUAUUUCAGAAAUAAUUUUUAGCUAUCGGGUACUUUGUUAUAUUUAUAAACUCUUUCAAGUAAAUAAUUUAGGUAGUGUAUUGAUUAUGGUUGUGAUACAAAACAACAAAACUAUUAUUAUGUUGUUUUAAUUGUUUAUUUUAGUUUGUUAAGUAAGGGGAAAAGGGAAGGUUAUUUUUUUCUCAGACAUAGGUAUUAUACACAAAUAAUUGGGAUUAUCAGAAUAGGUAUAAUCCGAUAAAAAGUUAGACAGGGUAUACCCACUAAUACUAUAGCCAGAAAAAAAGUGAGCGGGAAGCACUAAUGAAUUUGUAUUAUAAUCCACUUAUAUUUAUAUUGAUAAACACUAAAUAAUUUCAAUAACCAAUAAAAAAAGAUUUUUGAGGGACAUGUGCCUCCCUAAAAUUGAAUAUCCUGACUUUUAGUCUCAAAUAAUUGGCAGCCCUUUGUUAAAUGCAUAACUCCCAUUUUAUGUAAUAUAAUAAUGUGUAUCAAUGUGACAAUUUUCAAUAGGCUAUAUAAUUUUGAUUUAGGGACAAGUUUGUUGUGCCGGUUCUCGAACUUUUGUUCAAGAUUCGAUUUAUGACGAGUUUGUUGAGAAAAGUGCUAAACGAGCGGAAAAACGCAUCGUUGGAGAUCAGUUUGAUCCAAAAACACAACAAGGACCUCAGGUUAAAAUUUUAUCAAUAUACAAUUUUAUUUUUUUCUUAUUUAUGACUUUGGUUGUGUUUUAAUUAGAUCACUGAAGAACAAAUGAAUAAAAUUCUCAGCAUGAUUGACAGUGGGACAAAACAAGGCGCUUUACUUGUAACUGGUGGCUCUCGAAUUGGUAACAAGGGAUAUUUCAUACAACCGACUGUAUUUGCUGAUGUUAAAGAUGAUAUGAAAAUAGCAAAAGAAGAAGUAACUAUUGAAUUAAAUAAUAUAAUGUAAUUAUAUUUUGUAAUUUUUAGCUGUAACUUAUAGAUAUUUGGCCCUGUACAACAAAUAUUGAAAUUCAAUGACUUUGACGAAGUAAUUAGCCGAGCAAAUAAUACAGAUUAUGGUUUGGCAGCAGCAGUAUUUUCAAACAACAUAGAUACAGUUAAUAGAGCAAUUCAGAGUUUUAGGGCUGGCACUGUUUGGUAGUUAAUGUAUAUUAAUUUAAACAAUCGUAUCUUAAUAAUUAUUGUUUUGUAAAUAGGGCGAACUGUUACAAUGUCUUUGGUGUACAAGUACCAUUUGGAGGUUACAAAAUGUCUGGCUACGGGCGAGAAAUGGGUGAAUAUGGUCUACAACCUUAUACUGAAAUAAAAACUGUCAUUAUCGCUACACCUCAAAAAAACAAUUGAUUUAUUAACUAUUUAAAUUUGUAAAUGUACAUUUUUUUAAAAAAUGAAAUAUUUAAAAUAUUGCAAGUGCAAUAUAAAUGGUUAUAACUUUUUGUACUCUGUUGUAGUAAUAAAAUAUUUGUAGAAAAAUGCAUUAAAAACAACAUUCUUGAGAUAAACUAUAAUUUAUAACAACAUUCUUCAAACUGCGAUACAUGAUAGACUACAUGGUAGUAUGUAAAGUCACAUGGUGGUAGAAUAGAGAAUUAAUAAUAAAUAGAUAUUUGUACCAAUGCAUUUAAGGGGGGCUAACUAUAGUUUUAUAAAAUAAUUAAAAAAUAAUUAUAUAUCAUUUUACUGUCUUAAAAUGUUUUUAAAUAAAUGUAUUGACAUUUUUAAGUUCUAGUCAUAAGUGAUACAUAAUACAGAUUCAUAAUAUACACGUAUAAUAGAUUAAAAAAAAUUGCGAACCUCUGGUAGUAUAUUAAUACAUACAAUUGGUUUGAAAAAAAAUUCUCUCGUGACUCGAGUAUAACUAAAAUUAAUUUUAAGACAAUAGUGUGAAGAUUAUCAAUUCAGGUCAUAUACAAUAACAAUAAAUAUAAACAAACAAUUUUCAACUUUUUUUUUUUUAUUAUUGAUUCAAGAUUUGUGAUUUAUUAAAUAACAAUACAUAUAUUUAUGUGUAUAAUAAUAUAGAUAUUUUUUACCAUUUUAAAACAAGAGAUCAAAUAUAAUGUUAGCAAGUUGUUGUGUUUCCAAAUUUAAUGCUCAUAAAUAAAUUUCCCAACACAUUUGACAAUAUGCUAAUUUUCAAUUAAGUUUUAAAUUCCAAAAAUAGUAUAAAUAUUAAUGUAAAGGUUAGGAAAUGUAUCAGUGUAAAGGUUUUUAAAGUUUUAAGGAGUCUUAUAAUAAUUUAAUCUAACCAACCAAACAUUUGUUUAAAUAUAUUUGGUACAAAACACUAAUUCCUAAAUUAUAUUAAUAUUCAACUUUUACACUAUAAAAUUCAAAAAUAUAUUUAAUUACUUAAUUAAAAAAUUGCAAGCGCUUAAAAUUAAAAACAUUAGUGCUUCUAAUUUAUGAAUAAAAUUAAUAGUUUAGCGGUUUCAAAAAAUAAUAUUUUUAAUCCACAGUAUUAUUGAUAGAUAUUAUGUUUUGUUAAAAACUUAAAGUUCAUCAUAAUAAUAUAUUAUAUUAUCCUGUGUAUGGGUCUUUGUUUCAACUUUACUUAGCUUUUCAAUGCUUGCAAGCGAUUUUUCAUUUCUUCUAAGUCCCCGUCUUCUUCAACAGUUUCAGUUUCUUGUACCAUUGAACCGCCUGGAGUUUCGGUAACUGCCAUCGGAGCUUGGCCUAAUGCUCCAGCUGUGAUUUCCCACAGCACCUAUGACAAUAUUAACAAUUGAAAUUAUUAUACUAUUUAGGUUAAGCUGUUUUUCUCAAACUAAUAUGUACUUUAUCAAUUUCGGAUUGUGCUUCUUCUUCCAUGUCUUCAGGAUCGUCCAUUACGGUUUCCAUUGUGUCAUCCAACAUUUCUUCAAUGAUCCCCGCCUAAAAGCAAUAUAUUAUAUCAUGUAAAUUAAAACAAUUUUUACAUAGGUACUUGACCUUCAUCAUUUCCUUGGAUAAAUCUCUCAUUGUGGCAGCAACUUCGGGCACUUUAAUCAAAUUGUGCAUUGUUUGCAUCACUUCUGUAGAUUUUUGUAAAGAACCAGCCAUUCUCAAAAUAGCUAA